CGAUGUAUACCACUAUAGUAGGUAUCAAUCACUUCACUAAUGUUUAUUAGUUUAAUUCAUGUUUUCAAUCAGCGUUUAAUGCAGUUGCGGGUGGACGUGCAUGUCAUUCCUUGUUAUUUUUAUUGUUUGUGCUAGAUAUAAAUUAAUAACGGCCUGAGUACUUCGUAUUGAUUUACCGACAAUAUAUUUCAAAUAAAUCGCGUAUGAAAUUGUUGAGUUUAUGUAGGCCGUGAAAUCAUGCAGUGAUAUUUCUUAGUAAACAUAAUUCAAAAAUCACAACAAGGUAGCAAAACCUCUACCAUGGUAUCAUCAGGCAUGAAGAGCGGGCUGCUUAUGGGCUUUGGCUCCGGCUUCGUGGUACUCGGAGCUGUGGCCGUCGUCUACUGGCCGGCCUUGUUCUUCGCGCAACUUCAGAAGAUGAUGGUCCUCUCAAACACUUCGACGUCGUUCGGCAUUUGGCGCGAAGUCCCGAUCCCCAUGUACCUGGAGUGUUUCAUGUUGAACAUCACCAACGUGGACGAGAUUCUGGCGGGCCACAACGUCUCCAUACGAGUGUCGCAAAUGGGACCGUAUGUCUACAGAGAACAUCAUACAAAGGAAAACAUAACGUGGCAUGACAACAACACAAUAUCAUACUUCAACAAGCGUACGUGGCACUUCCAACCGGACAUGUCCAACGGCAGCCUGUCCGACCUGGUCACCAGCAUCAACCCUAUCAUCGUGACGGUAGCGCACAUGGUCCGCCACCAGAACAGCGCAAUCCGAAUGCUUGCGGAGGUGUUCAUGCGCGCCCUCCAUGACAACAUAUUCCUCACGGCCAACGUGUCGUCGUGGCUGUUCGACGGCAUCGACGACCGCGUGCUCGACAUCAGCUCGCAGAUACCGGUCGUCCAGCUGCCCUUUGACAAGUUCGGAUGGUUCUAUACGCGUAACGGCUCCAUGGAAUACGACGGCAUAUUCCUCAUGAACACCGGCGCGGCGGACUUCCUCGAGCUGGGCAACAUCGAGAAAUGGAAGUACUCCAACCGCACCGUGUACCGCGACGAGUGCGGGGAGGUGCGGGGCUCCAGCGGGGAGUUGUGGGCACCGGAGCUCGGGCAGCCGGAGGUCCAGGUGUUCGCGCCUGAUAUAUGCACGUACCUGACUUUGGGUAUAGACAAGGAGGUGCACGUGGAUGGCAUAGAUGGAGUUCAGUACGCCGCCAACGUGUCCGUGUUCGACAACGGGUAUAACUACCCUAGCACGGCGUGCUACUGCGACUGGAACCGCGACAGAGACUGCCUGCCGCCCGGCGCGCUGAACGUGUCGGCGUGUCGCUACGGCGCGCCCGCCUUCGUGUCGCUGCCGCACUUCCUGCACACCGACCCCUACUACCCCAGCAAGAUACAGGGCUUGGAGCCUACCGAUGAGCAUAACUUCAGACUGGCGUUAGAAAUGCUCACGGGCAUGCCGCUUCAGGUCGCCGCUCAGCUGCAGAUCAAUAUGCUAGUCCGACAUGUAAACCUAGUCAGCCUCAACAACCAGUUGCCGGAUCCGGACACGCUGGUGCCGAUGUUCUGGUUCCGGCAGGAGGUGCACAUCACCCCCGCGUAUGCGCGCAUGGCGCGGAUGGCGCUCAACCUGCGAUACGGCGUUCCUUACGCGCUCUACACGUUGACUGGCCUGGGACUCCUUCUAAUAGUAUCAGGCAUCAUAGUACUAAUAAGAAGACUGCUGCUCUCGCCCGAGACCACGCCCAUACUGUCCGCCGAGUCCACUUCGGACGAACAAUGACUAGGAAGGUUUUAAGGGUACUGAUUUUACUUACAAUUAUUAAAGCUAAAUAGUGUGAUAUGCCAUUAUAUGCCUUCCAUCCUCUAUUAACGACAUUAUGAACUAGGGGUGAGAACUUUGAUAAUAAUAACAAAAUGGUUUUCCAUCAGUACCUACCACUGUAAAUGAAGCUGGUAAUAAUCCAUACUAAUAUUAUAAAUGCGAAAGUCAGUCUGUCUGUCUUUCUGUCUGUGUGUUACCACUUCACGCUUAAACCACUGAACCGAUUUAGAUGAAAUUUGGCAUAGAGAUAGUUUGAGUCCCUGAGAAGGACAGGAUAGUUUUUAUCCCGAAAAUCAUCCCUUAAGAAAGUGAAAAGCGGGGUGGAAUUGAGAUAAUUAAUGAAGUGCCUGCUAAUUUGUGUGCAUAAUAUGCUCAAAUUGAAUGAUUGAUUUGCUAUGAGAAUUUUUCCAGGCGCUAUACUUACUUUAGCUGCUGUUACUAAGUCCGCGCAGACGAAGUCGCGGGCAAAAGCUAGUGUUGAAUAAAUAUGUAAACGUCUUAAACCCAAGAUGAAAAGACUGUACACUAGUAUAAAACAUUUGACUGGUAGUGGUAAUCAACAGAGGUCGGACAAAUCAUCGCAAAACCAUCAAAAAUCAUUUAUAUCUCAAAAUAGGACAAGAUUUAUUAAACUCUUAUUAUGAAAAUGAAAAUGAUUUCCAGAUUAUAUUUAAAACUGUAGUUCAAAAAUAUAAAAAAAAAAAUAUCCUGUUCCAUACCAUAUUUAUUUUUGCGAUAAUUUGUCCGAACUCUGGUAAUCAAUCACAAAUGAUCCCCCAGAGGAAACGAGGGGUUAUGAAAUGUAUUAUAUAACACUAAGACAAUUUAACUAACCUACGUGCCUUAAUAUAUUUGAUAAAUAUGUAACCUUUAUUAAUAAUUGUUAUUUUAAAAUCCUGUUAAAUUUUAAUUUUUAUAGCUGUUGUCUUGUAUAGUUUGUAUAAGUCAUAACUACCUUACCGAUUGUUACCUUCGAUGAGGCUAUGUUAUUAAACCAGCAUUAUGCCUGUUUUCGGUUUACUUUUAUCUACUUGUUCAAUAUCAAUAUGUGGCUAGACUGAUUCACCAUAACCAAAACCUAGACCAAGUAAGACUUUAGUAAAACAGUAAUUAUAGUUUAAUACCACAGUGCUGAGGAUAGAAAAAAAAUUUGGCUGUCCAAAAAAAUUCCAGCAUACACCUUGGAAAAUGUAAUUGGCGGCUAUAGAAAGUAAAUGAUUUGUUUAUGAGAUAGCGCUAUUUGGCUGAGGAAGGCAGAAUGUGAACAACGGUUCCGUUUACUUCAGCUGCUCAGUUGAUACACGUUACUGUGUUUGUCUUGCUAAGUUUUUCGUCUCGAGGAAAAGUCUCGCAUGUAAAUAUUAUACCCAUGCUACUUUUACUAGAACCAUGUAAAGCUGGUUCGGUCCCUCUCAGGCUGGCCUACCGGUGUCGGCGGCUUGAUAAUCUUGGGACAGCCAGUAUAAUUUUUAACUUAUUUACUCAUACCUCAUAUUUUUAUGGCUUAUUAUUAUUCAGGCAACUAAAAUAUUAAACAGGAACUUUCAUUGGGCAUAUAAUAAUAUAAUUUGGCCGUGUAUUAAUAUUUUAGAGCCUAAAAAUGUAUAUUAGCUCCAAAUGUAAGCAUCAUAUUAUAAAAAAACUGGCAGCAAAUUUAAGCCACCAAAAUUAUGAAUAGGGAUAAAAUGAUAGUUUGGCAACUAAAUAAUUUUGCAUCUGUUAUUUUGUUUAGCGUAUGAUUUUUAAUAUUUGUUGUCAUAUAGUUGUUUACACCCAAAUAUUUUAAUUGCACAUACACUUAGUAAUUUAAGACAUUUUAAACAAUUGUGAUAAGAACUUUAUUUUCUUAAAGCAAUAUAAUCGGUACUUAUUCGACCUGCGGCGUUAGCAUGGUCGCGUUUUUAUCGCCUGUCACCAUGCCUGUCACGUUCUAACAAACGUAAGUGCGAAAGAGACGAAUGACGCGACAUGCUAUAAAAAAAACGCGACCAUGCUACCGCCGCUGAUUUUAUUUAAUACAAUGCUAAUAUUACCAAAAACUGUUUUAUAAAUCACGUAGAGAGGGUCUAGACCUAGAGGUUUCUGACCGCGCAACUCGAGCCGCGCGCCAGUAUAAAACUAUACUCUGGCACACCCACUUUAUCAGUAGAAACAGGCGCGAAAUACAUAUUUUCUAUGGGAAGUCAACCCUUCGCUCCUCCAUUUUUUAAAUUUACCGCCUUUUUCUACUGAUGAAGUGGGUGUGCCAGAGUAUCAUUUCUCGAUUAUAGUGUGCGAAAGAAACAAAUGAAGGUGUCUCGCGCGACUUGACGGACUAUUGCGCUAAUCCUGUAGUUGGUUUUUUUAAUUGCUGACCUUCAUCUGAAGGAAGUUAAGAUUAUUAUGAUGGUUAUUAAUUUAUAUCAAAGUCAUUGUUAUUAUUUAGAAGUAUUUAAUGUAGUGUUUAAUACAUACUUUAUUCUUCCAUUGAUUUUAAGUUAGAUUUUGACAAUAAAAUGGUCAAUGCGUAUGUAUUUAUAAACAUUUGAGACAAGUGAUUGAAGAAAACAAUAAUCGUUCAAAAGAGCUAACUGCCUAUAAUAUCUAGUUAACUUAUUACAUAUGUUCCUGAUGUUAUUAUUCACUUCAAUGGGAACUUAUGAAUAGUACGGACAAAGAAUGACGUUAUAGAUAUGUUUCAUAGUUUUAUCUACAGAUUGCUUUAUAUACGAGAAUAUUCAAUUAAGGGGGUAACUUUUACAUCGUCACAUAAUUUACAGAAUGUUUACAAAAAGCUGGAAACCUACUUAAAGCUUACCUAUGUUUUACCUAGACAGACAUCGUUAAAAAUUAAUGUUUUCUAUUCAAAUUCAACUAACGAAAGAGCAACGACCUUGUUACCUGUAAGAACUAUAUAAUGUGUUGUUAAAUAAAAAUUGUCGACGUUGUCUGGAUCUGGAUCACCUAAUUUUGUGCCAAUGAUAUUCUUAAAAUGUGUUCGAGGCUAGUUAAGCAAAUGUUAUGUGAUUGUUGAUACAAUUUUAUAAAAUUUAAUAAAGAACAGAAAGGUAUUCAUGCUUUUCUUUUGGUACAGUACCUAUGAGAAUACGCAGAUCCUUUAUGGGUCAAACAUGUUCGGGAAAAGGGCGUCUCUCCUGUGGACAUUAUAAAAGUUGAUGAUUUAGGUACAUUUUUGUAAGGCAACAUGCAACUUCUAAGUAGAAAAUUUUUACAUACCUAAGAACAAUGUUUGUUGUCCACAGGAAAGACUCAUUACCUUAACCUCAUACUAAAAAACAGACAAUAUUCAGUCUACUCUAUCGGGCAGAUAAAAUGUUCCUAAGUUUCUUUUACCUUCCCUCUUCAGUGUCAAAGAAAAAAUCGAUAAGCAAAGCAAAGGCGAGAAUCUCGUAAAAUAUUAUAAACUAUUAUAGACGAAGGAAUAGUACAUUGUGAUACAAUUAAGUGUGCCACGUAAGUCACACACGAGGCGAUAUUGUGCGCGCGAGCUGAAAGCGAGCACACGCACACGCGUUUCAUAUGACGUUUUUCAACACACUUGCGAGGAAAAAAACGAAUUUUACAUAUUAAUCAGUUUAAUUGUUAAAACAGUUAGUAAUAGUACAUUACUAUAGAGGCCGGGAAACGAAGGGUUGCAGGCCAAGUAGAUAUAGACGGCCGAGCGUAGCGAGGUCGCAUAGGUAUACGCGGCCGGCCACCCCGUUUCUCGCCGAGAUUUGUAUAGUGUUUUUAACAAACUUGCAAUUAAA